AUGUUCCUGCUACAUCUCACCAAAUUCAGCGCAAGCAAGGUUUCUUUCACGGUAACAUGCAAAGUCAUGUUCGUUGCUGUCAAGUGUAUCCAAAGACCUGUGGUUGCACGACACGGCGCUUGCUAUGCAUGCGGUAUGCAUGGGAGAUUCAAGUCUUCUCUCGCCCUUACGUGGGCCAAGUACCAGGUUGCCGUAACGACUCGAACCCAUUUUCGACGCACAUCCCUAUCUCCACCACCACCGCGAGCCCGUCCAUUAACCACUCCUUUAUUACUCACUAGUCAGCGCCUGUAA